AUGGGUUUCUAUUUCACUCCGUCGCCCACAGAUUUCCCUCUGUAUCGGCCGAUGCCAACUGUUUUUCACGCUUCUACUAAUAUACACGACAUAAGCUUGGCGUUGUCUCGUCAGCACAUACUUGAGGACAAGAGCGGUGCGUUGCAUGUAAUCAACUUGGAGGAACACGCUGACACCUAUCAACUGCUGUGCGACGACAUUGAAUUUUUCCCUGACAUGAAAAACAAGUUGGAUGAGUUGGCUACAAUAGCAAGGGAGGCGGGCGUGUUGCCAGAUGAUCUGGAGUCGUUGGUGGAUGACAUAUGCGUGUUCCCAGAUGAUCUGGAGUCGUUGGUGCAGAACAUAUUGGAACAAGAGAACUACGAUGAGAGAGAAAUGACAUUUAGGCGGAUCAACUGGUUGGAACAAAAGGACGAGGACAACGUUGACCAGCUGGUCUUCGAAGUAGUGUGCGUGGCGCAGCAACUAAUUCAGAAUAGGGGCGGUGAGUUGGAUAUGAUCUUAGGAGAGAGAGUUUACACGGUCAACGGGGUUGAACUCAGAGACUGUCAAGACCCGCCUACGACUCCGGAAACAUUGCUUAAUUGUUGUGCCAAGUUAUCGUGUAGAGUGUGGCUGGGACACGGCGGACAAUGGGCGGCCGAGUUUCAUUGGGGAUGUAAUAGGCUCAACAUUGGCAGUUUAACAACCAUGGAGGAUGCCAUGUCAGCUUAUGACCUUGUAAUAAGGUGGAGUGGAAGGGCGGAUCUUACUAGUUUCCCUAGACUCUUUGAAAAUGAAAACAGAUCAAAACUGCCGCUAUGGUUGCCGCCGCCAGCACAAGAAUUGAACCUAGUUGAGGAUUUUGGAUUGGUGUGGUGCAAUGCCAUGGGGAAUGAUGAAAUUGAGGCAGUUGGAACUGGUAGUCAAGGAACAGAGGAAUGUGUAAUGGCAUAUCAGACUCGAUUGAAUUAUGGGGGUUUGGGAAAAAAGAAAUCAAUGGAAAAGAAUCCAGGGGGAGAGAGAAGAAACAAGAAAACAAAUGGAGUUAGAACAGUCAUUCCUCUGGAGGAUAUCUUACAAAUCAAGGGAAUGCGUCUUAAAGAUGCUGCAAAUCAUCUCAAAGUUAGCAUCACUAAACUGAAGAGUUCUUGUCGGGAAUAUGGAAUACCCAGAUGGCCACCUCGCAAUGAACGCAAACUUACUAGGCAAUCUCUCCUCAAUGGAACUUGCCACGUUGUCGAUCAAGAAGGAAUCCCACAGUUGACUUCUCAUUCUAAUCAAGUCUUGAUGGCUACUGUUGACAAAAAUAUUGUUGAUGAAAGGGAAAUUCCGCAACUUUUGCCUACAGCUCAACAAGAGAACACUGAUGCUGGUUUUGGCAAUGAUGAAGCUGAGGCAAUUGGAAUUGGGGUUGAGGGAACAAGGGAGGAUGUAAUUGAAAAGACUCAGUUGAACUCUGGGUGUUCGGGGAAAGGGGAAUGGAAGGAAAAUAGCCCAGAAGGAGAUAGAGGCCACAACAAAACUACUGGAGUUAGAAUUUCAAUUCCAAAGGAAGAUAUCUUAGAAACUAAGGGAAUGCGUCUUGCAGAUGCUGCGAAGCAUCUCGAAGUUAGCCGAUCUACGUUCAAACGAGCCUGUCGGGAGUAUGGUAUCGAGAGAUGGCCACCUCGCAAGAAACGUGAGCUUAACAGUCAAUCUCACCCCAAUGAAUCUCCCGCGGUUGUUGAUCAAGAGCGAAUCCCACAAUCGAAUUCCGAUAUGCUACUGCCUUCAGCUCAAGUCUCGGCUCUUAUUGGUAUGAAUAAUGUGACUAUAAUGGCAAGGUAUGGAGAAGUAAGAAUAAAGUUUCGGCUGUCUUGGCUGUGGCGAAUGGUAGAGCUGGAACAACAAGUGAAAAAGAGGCUGCCACUUGAGGCUGGAACUUAUUACAUCAAAUACAAAGAUGAGGACGAUGGGUUGAUGACUUUAAUAGCUUGCGAUGAGGAUUUAGAGGAUUAUAUCUCCAGUUCUAGCCGGCUGGGCACCCAUCCGAUUGAGGUAUUUCUUGAGCCCAAACUAGCUAGCUCAUGAGUUACGCGUUAACCAACUUUAAUCUCGGUACUGUAGAAGUGGUUGGUUAAACAGUCCAGAUCUAUUGCAUAGGAGAAGUGCAUUUAGAAAUUCUCCAAUGGCUUGGUAUUUGAGUUGCUAUUGUUAUCGUCUCAAAAUUUAGUGCUUCAAAUGGUAUGUCCUACAAAUUUGAGGACAAAGGGUUGAUUUUAAUAGCUUGUAAUGAGGAUUUACAGCAUUACAAAUCCAAUUCUAGACUGUUGGGCACCUGCUCAAUUGUUGUAUUUCUUGAGUCAAAGUAGCCGUUUAAUUACGUCGACCAACUUGAAUCUUGUAAAUUAUUGCAAUUAUAGUGUUUAUCCGGAAAUCACGUGUUUGGUUCAAAA